AUGGCGACUCCAAAGAUUAGCGGGCGGGGCAUCCGCAUCGCGAUUGAUCGCGGUGGUACCUUCACAGACUGUGUAGGCAAUCCAGGCACCGGCAAGAUGGAGGAUGACGUCCUCAUCAAGCUCCUCUCCGUCGACCCUUCCAACUACGAUGACGCGCCGCUCGAAGGCAUCCGUCGCCUGCUUUCCAAGUUCACCGGCACUGAGAUCCCCCGUGGACAGCCGCUCGACACCUCCCAGAUCGAGAGCAUACGCAUGGGCACCACCGUCGCCACCAAUGCGCUGCUCGAGAGAAAGGGCGAGAAUAUUGCCAUGGUGGUUACAAAGGGCUUCAAGGACUGCCUUGAGAUUGGGAACCAGAGUCGGCCGAACAUCUUCGCGCUAGACAUCCGGAAGCCGGAGGUGCUGUACAGGAAGGUUGUCGAGAUCGAUGAGCGCGUCACGUUGGAAGACUACGCGGAGGACCCAGAGAGGAACCAGACGCAGGCAAAGAGCAUAGAAGAAGCUGGUGAUAGCGCCGAGUUAGUCAAGGGCCUAUCGGGCGAGACGGUGCGAAUACUCCAACGACCACAGGAGGAGGCAAUAAGAAAACAGUUGCAGGAAGUCUAUGAUAGCGGACUGAAGAGCAUCGCGGUAUGCUUGAUGCAUGGAUAUACAUACCCGAAGCACGAGGCGUUAGUGGGCAAGAUUGCUAAGGACAUUGGCUUCGAGCACGUCAGCUUGAGCCAUGAGCUCAUGCCCAUGAUCAAAUUGGUCCCACGAGCUACCUCAGCCUGCGCAGACGCAUACCUCACGCCCGCGAUACGAAAGUACAUCGAUGGAUUCUCCAAGGGCUUCGAGGGCGGCCUCGGAACCAAGAGCGUAAAACGUGAGGAGGGUUCCAAGGGCGCACGUUGCGAGUUCAUGCAGUCAGACGGAGGUUUGGUGGACGUCGACAGCUUCUCAGGCCUAAAGGCUAUUCUGUCCGGCCCGGCGGGUGGAGUCGUAGGCUAUGCGCUCACAUCAUACGAUCCCGAGACGAAGAUUCCAGUCAUUGGCUUUGACAUGGGCGGCACUAGUACCGACGUAAGCAGAUACGGCGCUGGACGCUACGAUCACGUCUUCGAAACUACCACAGCCGGCGUCACCAUCCAAUCGCCACAACUCGACAUCAACACUGUCGCUGCGGGCGGUGGAUCGCGUCUCUUCUGGAGGAACGGACUAUUUGUCGUAGGCCCAGAGUCUGCAAGCGCACACCCAGGCCCCGCUUGUUAUCGCAAGGGCGGCCCACUGACCAUUACAGACGCCAACUUGUUCCUUGGUCGCCUAUUGCCAGACUUCUUCCCUAAGAUCUUCGGUAAGAACGAAGACGAGGGUCUCGAUGCACACGCGAGUGAAAAGCUAUUCAAAGAGCUGGCGGAGCAGAUUAACAAAGAAGUCGCAGGCGGCAACAAGGAAAAGGAAAUGUCGCUGGAUGAUAUCGCGAAUGGUUUCAUCAAGAUUGCAAAUGAAACCAUGACACGACCAAUCCGGAGUCUGACCGAAGCUCGCGGACAUGACACAAGUAAGCACCGACUCGCGACGUUUGGUGGUGCAGGUGGUCAGCAUGCAGUGGCCAUUGCCGAAGCACUUGGCAUCUCGCAGAUCCUGAUCCAUCGCUACUCGUCAGUUCUUUCCGCAUAUGGUAUGGCGCUCGCCGACGUUGUCGAUGAGAGGCAAGAGCCAGAGUCUACGGUAUGGUCUGACGAGAAAGACAUAAGGGAGUAUCUUCAGAACAAAAUGGAAGACCUGAAGAGUAAGUCAAUGAAUACGCUUAGAGAGCAAGGUUUCGACCAAGAGCAUGUCCACUUCGAGGAAUAUCUCAAUUUGAGAUACCGAGGAACAGAGUCGGCACUCAUGAUCAUCAAGCCGACGAAGGAGGAGGCAGAGAAAGAAUACAAUGGCGACGAAUGGGCUUUCGGUAGAGCUUUUGUCAAGCAGCAUGAGCAGGAGUUCGGCUUUACUUUACCUGAUCGCGAUAUUAUUGUUGAUGAUGUACGGGCGCGCGGCAUUGGCAAGACAUUCGAAGGUCUCGAGAAGAGCGUAGACCAGCAACUCAAAGAGAUCAAGCCAAAGGAUCUUUCGGGUGAUACGAAGCGCUAUGACACCCGUAGAGUAUUCUUCGAGGGUGGUCGGCAAGACACGUCAGUCUACAAGCUUGAAGACCUGGAAGUGGGCGAUCGACUGAAGGGGCCGGCGAUUAUCGCGGAUGGUACGCAGACUAUCGUCGUUACUCCUGGCGCUACUGCGCUUGUCAUCAACACCCACGUGGUGAUAAAUAUUGGCGAGACGGAGGACCAGGAUAAGCUGGUUGACACCAAGGAGGUCGACCCAAUCUUACUCAGUAUCUUCGCGCAUCGAUUUAUGGCUAUUGCUGAGCAAAUGGGCCGCGCAUUGCAGAAGACUAGUGUUUCAACCAACGUCAAAGAGCGACUUGAUUAUUCUUGCGCACUAUUCGACGGGGACGGCGGACUAGUCGCCAACGCUCCUCAUCUGCCAGUACAUCUCGGUAGUAUGUCAACCUGCGUCCGCAAACAAGCUGCUAUCUGGAAGGGCAAGCUCAAGAAAGGCGAUGUCCUUGUCUCCAAUCACCCCAUGUUCGGCGGCACGCAUCUGCCGGAUAUUACUGUUAUUACACCCGCCUUUAGCGGCGAUAACAUCAUCUUCUAUGUCGCUUCCCGUGCCCAUCAUGCUGACAUAGGCGGCAUACUCCCUGGUUCCAUGCCUCCUGCGUCGAAAGAACUUUACCAGGAAGGUGCAGCCAUCAAAUCCGAGAAGCUGGUAUCUGAAGGACACUUCAACGAGAAGCGUAUUACUGAGCUACUUCUGGACGAACCGGGUCAAUAUCCUGGCUGCUCUGGUACUCGAUGUCUCAGUGACAACAUCAAUGACUUGAAGGCUCAAGUCGCUGCCAAUCAGAAAGGUAUCAACCUUAUCAGUACACUAAUGUCGGACUAUGGCGAGCGAGUCGUCAAGUUCUACAUGACCAACAUCCAAGCCAACGCGGAGCAAUCUGUUCGUGCUCUACUCAAAGACGUCUACAAGCGUUUCGAAGGCCAGGACCUAAGUGCGGAAGAUUUCAUGGACGAUGGAAGCCCUAUUCGUCUCAAGGUAUCGAUUGACCCCGAGAAGGGUGAAGCCGUAUUCGACUUUUCCGGCACAGGCCCCGAGGUCUACGGGAACAUCAAUGCGCCAGAAGCAGUUACCUACUCUGCUAUCAUCUACUGUUUACGCUGUCUUAUUAGCGAAGACAUUCCACUGAACCAAGGCUGCCUCAAACCAAUUCAUGUCCUUAUACCCAAGAAGUCCUUCCUCUCGCCAUCCGACAACGCCGCUGUUGUGGGCGGCAACGUUCUGACAAGUCAGCGUGUGACGGACGUCGUUCUCAAGGCGUUCAAGGCCUGCGCUGCGAGUCAGGGUGACUGCAACAAUCUUACCUUCGGCUUUGGCGGUACAACAUAUGGCGAAGGCGACAAGAACGGUGAACGUAAAGAGACGAAAGGUUUCGGGUAUUACGAAACAAUCGCAGGAGGCUCCGGUGCGGGCUCAACAUGGAACGGCACGAAUGGUGUGCAUACGCAUAUGACCAAUACCCGCAUUACCGACUCCGAGGUAUUUGAGCGAAGGUACCCUGUUCUACUCCGCGAAUUCUCGCUUCGCCAAGAUAGUGCAGGUAAGGGCAUGCAUAUCGGUGGUGAAGGCGUAAUCCGCGAUAUUGAGUUCCGCAUCCCCGUCCAAGUCAGCAUCCUCAGCGAACGAAGAGUCUACCAUCCGUACGGCAUGGAAGGAGGAGGCGACGCAGCAUGCGGUCUAAACAUCUGGGUCAAGAAAGUAGACAAGAAAGCCAUCGACCAAAACUCAGACUCCAAGCGUCCGACCGAACCCACAGAGGAUGCUACGCAUGCGCCCACGACGUCCGAUGCGGUUGAAGCUCUCCAAAAGAAAGAUGCAGGAAGGGCGAAAGAAGAGGUGGAGUACAGGUACAUCAACAUGGGUGCUAAGAAUACGGCGGCUAUGCGACCGGGUGAGAGAAUUAUCAUUCAUACACCUGGUGGCGGUGGCUGGGGUAAGGAGGGUGAGGAGAGUAGAGUACAAAGUAAGGUUGAUCCAAAGGGAAGUUGGAAGGGUGGAAGUAUAGCUGGAAGGCAGAGCACUGCGGAGGCUAGCGCGUAA